AAUCAUCGUCAUCAUGCAAGGUCGGGUGACGCAGCAUUCGUGCCACCACGGGUGACGUUAUGGACCUCAGCUGAAACACCAUCCCCAUUCCGGCCCCUCAGUUGAGUUGACGCGCAGCUAUUGUUAUUUCUCUCCAAUCUUUCCUACUACUACUGCAGUUUCAGUUUCUGCGCCUUCCGAUUCUGCGAUCUUCGUCCGCGUCAACGUAGGGGUCGGAUUCUGGCUUUUCGGAGAAGUUCUGGUGGCUGCAGUUUUGUCGGGAUAUUGUGCUGAUCGUAGUUGUUUGUUCGUCGUCGUCUGAUUUGGAUUUUAAUUUCUUUGGAAGAAUAAGGGAGCAUGCAAUCCAAGUCUAACAGUGCCAAUCAAGGAGAAGCUAGCCCUUAUAAUAUAACAAAUUUCAGUGCAUGCACGGAGCCUUGGCGGAAGAGUAAUAGAUAUAAUUCCCUUUCCCAUGCAUUGAUGAGCAGAAAUGCAUCUGAGUCAUCAUCACUCGAGCAAUCUGCUGAUGGUCAAUCGCACUCUGAAGGCGGAUUAUAUGAAGAAGAUGAAUAUAUUGUCAAAGAAUCAAAGGAUGAUGGCAACAAACAAUCUCCAAGAACUUUACCACUCCAACAAGGAUCUGAUAGAAAUUAUCAUCCGGAAGUGACAAAUCUCCAGCAAGAUGGACAUCCCUUACAACCUAUGCCUGAUGAGAAUAUUACACAGCCGGCGCAGCUUGAUCUUGCUUGUGCAUCUAAUCCAUAUGAUCCGUAUUAUGGUGGGAUGAUGGCAGCUUAUGGUCAACCUUUGGUUCCUCAGGUAUAUGAUGUUCAUCAAGUGAGGAUGCCAUUGCCCCUGGAGGUGGCACAGGAGCCGGUUUACGUCAAUGCGAAGCAAUACCAUGGCAUCCUACGAAGACGGCAGUCGCGUGCUAAAGCAACACUCGAAAAGAAGUUAACAACAUCACGGAAGCCUUAUCUCCAUGAAUCCCGACACCAACAUGCCAUGAGACGGGAAAGAGGUUCUGGAGGACGUUUCGCAAAGAAGUCCAAUGCAGAUGCUUCCUCCAAGGGAGCUGGCUCCAGCUCUGUAGCUUCACCACAAUCCAAUAAUUCAUCAGCUUCCAAACCAGCAUUCUCGGGAGUCGAAUUAACAGAAGCUCAAGACUUAUACAGUUCAGAUCCUGGAAGCUACAGAAAGCCAAACCCCCAUCAAGAGCCAGUAUAUCACUCCCGGCAAGGCACCAACCAGGAAAGCCUUGCUUCAGGACAGCAGUGGGGUAACAUUUCUUCGAACCAUGCACUCGCUAUGCAAUAAAAUCGGCACCGGUAAGAACAGGGAAGUCAUUACUGCUGGUUACUUUGCUUAAAUCCCAGCGCGGCAACUCAUUCUUGGCUGUUUUUUAAUCACUCCGGGGGAUGGGAACUUUCUCUAUAAAUAUUUGUUACAUAUUUCCAUUUAGGAUUAGAAUCAGCCAGCACUAGUAUAGUUAUUAUGAUUUUAGUGAGUUAAUAAUGAUGUUUCCAGUCACAAGUAUAGUCUACUGUAUAAAUUUUCAUGCUUGAUUGUUGUCUUGUAUGUCUAAAAUGUAUCUACAGCAGCUGGUUAGUCCUUUUUACAAUAAUAAUAAUUAAUAAUUUCAUGUGACU